AUGUCUUACAACAGGUUCAUCCAGUCCUUUAAGAAAAUUCCAAAAGACUUGUUCCGUUUGAACACUAGCACGACUGUGCGCCUGCGAGCUCAGCCGGGCCCUUUGAGACCGCAGCGCAGCUUUGACCUUCUGACGAUCGCUGGAAAGGCCCAGCCGAAGGCCUUGAAUCCUGACACAUAUGAAUGGCCAAAUGGUGCUUCAAUGCGCCCGAAUUCUGUAACGCAGCAGAACCUUGUCCAGUCGUUCAAGGGAUCUACUGUCUAUGUUUAUUCAGUUCCUGCCGGAACUGAACACUCCGAUGACCUUAUCCUUGUUCAUGAAUUUGGUGAUCAUUACUCAUUGCAGGCGAGCAGAGAGAUGACAGUAGAAGAGUUGAACGCCAAAAUCACGGACUUUCUGAACUCGAAGGGGGAAUGUUUGACCAAGGAAGAGCGGCAGCAGCGGUAUCCUCAAGCAACCGAAUAA